AUGCAGGUCGUCUUCAGCUUUACACGAUGCUUGACCUUCUAUAAUGUUGUUGGUCUUUUGUUUCAAUCUAUUUCAGAAGCUCAAGGUGCAGCAGCAGCGGUGUUUCAACUUAUUGACGAGGAAAAUGAAGCAAGCAUCAAUGAAACAGAUAUAUGGAAAGAGGAUACAAAGUCGAUUUGUAACAUCAGUGGUGAUAUUGAAUUUGACAAUGUUAACUUUAAUUAUCCAUCUCGAAAAGAAGCAUCAGUUCUGCAUAACCUCUCUCUUAUUGCACGUGCUGGUCAGACAAUUGCCUUGGUAGGUUCGAGUGGUUGUGGAAAAAGUACAUGUAUAUCACUGCUUCUUCGUUACUAUGAACCUCAGUUGGGUCAAAUAAUGAUCGAUGGUCGACCAAUCACAGAUUACAAUGUCAAACAACUUCGACAAAGUAUUGGAGUUGUUAGCCAAGAGCCUAUUCUAUUUAGUAUGAGUAUUUAUGAAAAUAUUCGUUUCGGUAAAGUAAAUGCAACAAGAGCAGAAAUUGAACAAGCAGCACAAGAAGCAAAUGCACAUAAUUUCAUCAUGCAAUUACCAGAUAAAUAUGAAACACUAGUUGGUGAACGUGGUAUACAGUUGAGUGGUGGUGAAAAACAACGUAUUGCAUUAGCUCGUGCUCUUGUCAAGCAACCUAGUUUCCUUUUACUGGAUGAAGCAACAAGUGCACUUGAUAAUGUUAACGAAAAAAUUGUUCAAGAAACACUUGAUAGGGCAUCCAAAGGUCGUACAACUAUUGUUAUUGCUCAUCGUUUGGCCACAAUUCGAAAUGCUCAUCAAAUAUAUGUAUUAGAUAAUGGAAGUGUGAUUGAGCAAGGUACACAUGAAAUAUUAAUGGCAAAGAAAGGAGGAAAAUAUCAAGCAAUGGUCAAACAUCAACAAAUGGAAAAAAUCGAUGAUAACAUAGAUGAUAUGAUGAGCAUGCAAAAAGCGAAAGAAGAAGAUGAAAAGUGGAUAUUUGAACGCUCUCGUUUACUUAGCGAUAGUGGAAUUGUUGAUGUGAACAAACAAAGUUCGAAGCCAUUCAGGCGAAAGUCUAAGCGUAUCGCUGCAUCAGUUUCAGCUGCUAAAACAUUUUUUGAUUUAUUUGAUCGAAACCCAGCUAUCGACAAUACAUCUAUUGAAGGCCAAGAAUUGGUUGAUUUUCAUGGAGAGAUAAAAUUUGAUCAAGUCAAAUUUAUCUAUCCAACUCGACCAACAUCUAUUGUUCUUAACAAAUUUCAAUUGAACAUCAAGCCGAGUCAACGUGUAGCUCUUGUUGGGGCAUCCGGAUGUGGAAAAUCAACAAUUAUUCAGCUGUUGGAACGAUUUUAUGAUGUUACAAGUGGUCAACUAGUUAGUAUUGGGUUGCUUCUUGAUGACAUUGAUAUUCGAAAACUAAACAUUCAUUGGGUCCGUUCUCAUUUUGGCCUUGUGAGUCAAGAACCAAUUUUGUUCGAUUUAACAAUUGCUGAAAAUAUAGCAUAUGGCUUAGAAAAUGUUCCAAUAGAAGAUAUUAUCAAUGCAGCACGUAAAGCUAAUAUUCAUCAAUUUAUUCAGAAAUUGCCUCAAGGUUAUGAAACAAAAGUAGGGCGGAAAGGCAGUUUUCUGUCAGGUGGUGAGAAGCAACGUAUUGCUAUUGCUCGUACUCUUCUUCGUCAACCUAAAGUAUUGCUCUUAGAUGAAGCUACAAGCGCUAUGGAUUCACACAACGAACAAAUUGUACAAGAGGCUCUUGAAAAAGCUCAAAGAGAAGAUCCUAGUCGAACAUCACUCAUUAUUGCUCAUCGUCUUUCAACUAUUUGUUCAUGCGAUUUGAUCUGUGUACUUGAUAGAGGACAUAUAGUGGAAAGUGGUACUCAUACAGAAUUGAUAGAACGACGUGGCGCUUAUUAUAAAAUGCUGGCUAAAAAUAAUUUACAAUGA